AUGAGGGGUGUUGAAACUUGGGAUGAGAUGAAGCAAAUCAUGAGGGACAGAUUUGUACCUCAACAUUACUAUAGGGAGUUGCACCAAAGGUUGCAAGGGCUGGUGCAAGGAAACAAAAGUGUGGAAGAAUAUUUCAAGGAGAUGGAGAUGGCUAUGAUAAGAGCCAAUGUAGAGGAGGAUAGGGAAGCCACUAUGGUUAGGUUCCUAAAGGGGCUGAAUUUUGAUAUUGCCAACAUAGUGGAGCUACAACACUAUGUAGAGCUUGAUGACAUGUUAAAUAUGGCAAUCAAGAUAGAAAAACAACUAAAGAAGAAGAAAGCAUUCAAGAUGGGUGUAGGUAUGAAUUCGAGCAACAAUGCUCCAUGGAAACCGAAUUGGAAGAAGGGUGAAACUUAUGAUUCCAAGGCUGUUUCUAAGGAAAAGAAAGAGGAGACUAGGGGUGGAGAAAAGCCUAGUGUGACUGAGAAAGGCAAGGGACAGAAUACCUCUACUGGAAGAACUAGGGAUAUCCAAUGUUUUAGGUGCCUAGGGAAGGGACAUUAUGCAUCUCAAUGUCCUAACAAGAGGGUGAUGGUGAUGAGGCAGAAUGGGGAGAUCGAAUCAGAAGAUGAUGAUGUUGAUGAUGAUGAUGCUAGUGAGAGUAUGCCUCCUUUGGAGGAAGCUAGUGAUGUAGAGCAUGCCGUCGGAGGUAAUAUUCUGGUGGUUAGGCGUGCACUAAGUGCACAAGCAAAGGAAGAAGAGGGAGAUGCACUACAAAGGGAAAAUAUUUUCCACACUAGAUGCUUGGUGAAUGGUAAAACUUGUAGCAUGAUUGUAGAUAGUGGUAGUUGUGUGAAUGUUGCCAGCACACUCAUGGUUGCGAAGCUUGGCAUGCGCACCAUGAAGCAUCCUAGACCAUACAAGUUGCAAUGGCUGAAUGAAUGUGGGGAAAUUAAGGUGAACAAGCAAGUGAUGUUGGCUUUUUCUAUUGGAAGGUAUAAGGAUGAGGUGUUGUGUGAUGUGGUGCCAAUGCAUGCUGGACAUAUUUUGCUAGGGAGACCAUGGCAAUAUGAUAGGAAGGUAGUGCAUGAUGGAUUUAGGAAUAGGUACUCCUUUGAUCAUGAUGGACGAAGGGUUACUUUAGCAGCAUUAUCACCCGCACAAUCUUUUGAAGAUCAAUUAAGGAUAAAACAAACCAUGAAUGAGCAACAACAAAGAGAGGCCGAGCUAAGAGAGUUUGAGGAUGUCUUCCCUGAAGAAAUACCUAAUGGGCUACCACCCAUUAGAGGCAUAGAGCACCAAAUAGUUUUUGUGCCUGGAGCUAGUGGUUAUCACCAAAUUCGCAUGAAAUUAGGAGAUGAAUGGAAAACUACCUUUAAGACUCAAUAUGGACUAUAUGAAUGGUUAGUCAUGCCAUUUGGUUUGACCAAUGCACCUAGUACAUUUAUGAGGCUUAUGAACCAUGUGUUGCGUGCUUUCCUAGGAAAAUUUGUUAUAGUGUAUUUUGAUGAUAUCCUAGUAUAUAGCCAAAAUAUGCAUGAUCAUUUGCUGCACUUGAGACAAGUCUUUGAAGUGUUGAGAAAAGAGCACUUGUAUGCCAAUCUUAAGAAAUGCACUUUCUGUAUGGACAAAGUUAUUUUCUUAGGAUUUGUGGUGAGUGGCAAGGGAAUUGAGGUUGAUGAGGACAAGGUAAGAGCCAUUAGAGAGUGGCCUACACCUAAGUCGGUGAGUGAUGUGAGGAGCUUCCAUGGGUUGGUUAGUUUUUAUAGGAGAUUUGUAAAGGACUUCAGUACCAUAGCCUCACCCUUGAAUGAAGUUGUAAAAAAGAAUGUGGGCUUCAAGUGGGGGGAAGAACAAGAGCAUGCAUUUAAUUCACUCAAGGAGAAAUUGUGUUCUGCACCUUUACUUGCUUUACCUGAUUUUUCUAAAACUUUUGAGAUUGAAUGUGAUGCCACUGGAGUGGGUAUUGGAGCUGUUUUAAAGCAGGAAAGGAGACCAAUUGCCUACUUCAGUGAGAAGCUAAGUGGGGCUACAUUGAACUACUCCACUUAUGACAAAGAUGUAUGCUCUGGUGCGUGCAUUUGA